AUGAAAUAAUAAAUUACACCAAAAUAAAAAAUAACUACUCAAUUACCACUAUUGCCAGAAAUAAAGAGAUAAUCUAAAGAUUCAUUGGAGACUCCUCUGUAUAAUUUGAGUAUGAAUAUAUAGGAAAUUGAUGAAACAAGCUAUUUAGAAUCCUUUAUCAUAGUCACAUCUAUCAAGACAAUCAUGUAGCAUAGAAACUAUAAUUUCUUAAGAAUAAUAAAGGUUGUAGUCUCAAACAAAGAAGCAAAUUGUUGAACCAUUGGUGAAGAAUACGGCUUACUUUAGUAAUCGUUCUUUAAUGAAUGAUUAUUUAAAAAGAUAGAAUAUUACAUUAGCAACUAAAAUGUUUUGUUUUAAUUCAUAAGAUGAAUAUGUUAGAAGAUGUUUAUAAAGACAUGGUUGGCUUGAAAUAUCUUGUAAUUAAUAAAUUUUUGAUCUUAAAUGGGUUUAUACUGAGAAUCCUGAUGAUUAUAAAAUAUUAUAGGAUGGAUAAUUUUACAAUCAUUUUAGUAACACCAAAGAACUUACAACAAAAUCAUGUUUAUUAUCAAAUUUCAAGAAUUAAUGUGAAUAUGGAUAUGAUACAAGUACUUUCUUUCCAAGGGCAUUUGAUUUAGGAAAUAUAACAGAUAGAGAGGAUUUCAUUAAAGAAUAUGAAAGAACUGCUGUUACUAUAAUAUUAAAAAAGGCAAUAAUAGCAUUAAAAUUAAAGAGGAAAAAUGAAAUGAAGAAGAUAAAAGAAGUAAUAUUUUAGGAAUGGAAAAAGAAGGAAGACAACUUAAAGAUUAGAAGAAUUGAAAUGAAAAAAACUGUAAAAAGGAAAUACAAAAACAUUUAUACAGCAUAAGAAUUGUAAGAUUCAUCUUAAGCAUCUGAUAUUAAAUUUGAUUGUUCUAUUAUGUCUGAAGUGUUAUCUAGACUUUCAGAUAUGAAAAGAUAAAUGAAGGAUGGAUUUUAUGAUGAUAAGAAUUUUGAAUUGAGUCAUCAAUAUAUAUCAAAAAGUAGAAUUAAGUAAUAUAUAUAAAUAAUUUAGUAUAAUUCUAUAUUCACAGAUUUAGAAAUUUGAUAAAGGUUAAAAUCCAAGCAAAUUUUUAAUUAGAAAGUUAUAUAGAUAUCAUUUGUUUUUAAAAAAAUAUGAUUCAGCUUAUAAGGUUGAUGGGGUUAAUAAUAUUUGGAUUAUUAAACCAGGAGGAUGUGCAAGAGGAUAAGGAAUUUAUUUAGAGAAGGAUAUUAAAGAAGCAAUUAAUAGUGGUUAAUAAAUGUAAGCUAGAUUAGUGUAAAAGUAUAUAGAAAGACCAUUAUUAUAUAAGGGAUUUAAGUUUGAUUUGAGAUAAUGGGUUUUAGUAAAGAGUUUUUAACCAUUAUAAGCAUAUGUUUUUAGUCAUUGCUAUAUGAGAAUGUGUAGUUAAACAUAUGAUAUAAAAGAUACAAAGAAUUUAUUAAAGCAUUUGACAAAUUUCUCUUUAAAUAAAUCAGAAUUUAAGAAGUAAUUGAGCAAUAAUAAUAAUACAUUAGUAAAAAUGAUUCAAUUUACAGUAGUGAUUUUAUGUAGUUAUGGCUUCCUGUUGAUUGGUAAAAGAUAGUUAGACCAUAAUGCAAUGAUUUAAUUAUUAAAACACUAAAAAUAUUGUAAGAUCAAUUUGAAAGUGAAUCUAAAUAUUGUUUUGAAUUAUUUGGAUUUGAUAUUAUGUUAGAUGAAUAUUGUAAACCAUGGUUAUUAGAAGUAAAUCUAUCACCAGCAUGUUCAGAAAGAGCAGAUUGGUUACAUGAAAUGUUGGAUUCUAUGGCUGAGAGUAUGUUUAAUAUAAUAUUUGGUGAUGAAUUUAUUAGACCUAAAAAAUACUAUUAUGAAUUAUUAAUUGAUGAAUAAUAAACUUAUAAUAAUUAAUAAUAGAAUGAUAAUUAAUUAGAAUUAUGGGGAUAGAAAUGUAAUAUUAAAAGAGAAAAGAUGAUUGAUAAAAGAUAUAUAGAAUCACUUGCAGCUUUAAUGAUUUAAAAAUUUUAUAGAAUGUACAAAGCUAAAAAGAUAAAAUGGUUUUUAAGAGAUACAAAAUAUGCUAUUGUUAUCUAAAAAUAUGUAAGGAGAAUGCUUUCUAAAUUAUUAAGGAUAAGAUUAAAAAAUUAUUAUUCAGCAAGAAAAAUAUAAAUACUUAUUAGAGGAUUUCUAGCUAAAAAGAGGAAAUAUCAUUUAAAAAGAUCAAAAAUGGCAAUUAAAAUCUAAUGUAGAUUUAGAUAUAAUCAAUCAAUAUAAAUUAAAUAAUAAUUAAAAAGAGAAUUAGCACUUUUGUAUUUAGAAUAAUUAAUCUCAUUUAAAAUAUCAUCUAAAGUAGCUAAUUAAUUGAAAUACAAACUACAUAAAUAUAAAUAGAUACAAAGAUGGUGGAAAUCAUUAUAUAGAAAGAGAAUUAAAUAAAGUAUUAAAAUCAAUUCAAUUAUAAAAUGGUAUUCAUCAUAUUAUCAUUAAUUUAGUUUUAUUUAAAAAAAGAAAUACAAGAAAUUACUUAAAAAUCAUACAUCAUCUAUAGUAAUUUAGAAAAAUUACAAAAGAUUUAAAGCUAUAAAAUUAAGAAAAAGAUUGGAAUAAGAAUAAUCAUCUAUUUUAUUAUAAUGUUUAAUGAGAAUAAUAUUAGCAAAAAAAUAAUAGAAACUAUGUAUUAUUCAAAAUGGAUUAAAUAAAUUAACAAAAAUUUACUAUAGACAUAAAUCAAGAGUAGCUAUGUUUAAUAUUUGGUAUAUUGGAUUUUAAAGGCUAAAGUCUAUUAUGAAAAUAUAGUCAUUUAGACUUGUGAUCAAAUCUAAAAGAUAUGUACGUAGACUCAAACGACUAAAGAAAUUUAUUAGAUUAUAAGCAUUUAUAAAAGGGUUUUUAUAAAGAAAGAGAUAUAGAAGAUUAAUUAAAAGAAAAAGAGCAAUAAAGUUGAUCAUUAAAUGUAUUAGGUAAUAUAUUUUAAGAAAGAAGAUAAAGAAAAGGAUCUAAUUGAAAAAGGGAAGAGGUCUUAAUAUAUACUCCUAAUAGCCUAGUAAAACUAAUACAAUUUAAACUAUAUCUACUAGAAAUUCAUAAAUUAUUUAAUAAUUUCAAAGCAAAAAUAUUAAGAAAUAGACAAUCCAAAUUUCUAAUAAGAAAUGA